AUGAGUAGCCGUAGCUACCAGCAGGCUGACCCUGGCUACGACGAUGCGCCAUACAGUUUCCAGUCUAGCUCCUCCGGUUCGCAACCAUAUGCUGCUACGCAAUCUCAGCCACGCUCGAUGCGCCCACCGGGUCCACCAGGUCCGGGAAAUGGGCGACCUCCAGGCCCUGGAUACGAUGAUCGGCGUGGCUAUCCUCCUGCUCCUGGUGGAAGACCACCGCCGCAAUCGCGAUCAAGAACACCUGGUGGACGCCCACCCCCGGCGGUACCUUCGACAACCCCUUUCCCUCUUUUCCAGGCCGAGACCCCAGAGAUCCGAGGGCCCCGCGCGACCCGCGCGACCCCCGAGACCCCCGAGACCCCCGAGACCCUAGAGCUCCUAGAGAUCCUCGGGAUCGGCGCGGUCCGCCACCUCGAGGGCUAG